AUGAACAAUCUAUCUGACUUGCCUGACCCGGCAUUGCUCAACAUCUUGAGCUGUUUUGACGCAGUGGGCGUGUCCUUGAUUUCCUCGUCAGGGUUGCUACCGAAAAGGAUCACCAAUUCCAACGUUCUCUGGUCAGAACUCGAAGGGCAUAUCCCUCCAACCUCUCGAUCUCAACGUGCCGCUGGCGACAUCAGUGAAACAAGUGUCGGAACCCUGAGACCACUCUGGACUGCUAUACGCGACAAUGGAGGUCCUGCCAUCCAGGAGAAUAAAACUAGCGAAGGCCAAAGCCUUCGACUGCGUGUGCUUCUGCACGAUUAUUGCGCUCGAUUUGCAAUGGAUCUAUAUCACUCCGCCAUCUCAACUCACUUCAACAAUCACAUGCAGUGGCAGGGCUGCGAGGAUGAACACGCUUGCAAUCUUCCUAUGCUCAUGGAUUUCGGGUCCGGUACCACACAGGGAGAAUUCAGACAGAUCCUUCAGCAUUACGAUUAUUUCGUAUGGAUCUAUGACCACAGCGACAAUAGAAAAGAGAGGGUCAUCUGGCAGGGGUUUGUCCCCGUCAUUGGCUUUCGUACAGAAGUGUUUCAAGGAAUGCAUUACGAUGAUCAUGUUACGCUGACGGUUGAGCUUGGUCUUCGGGUGGCGAAGACUGACUGGAUGUUGCUCGACGACAUAUUUUGUGCUCCGUCUUGUUCUAUCAUCGUCCUGGCUGUUGAUCAUAAUGACGUUCUUGCUAUGCCGUCACUGGCUUCCUUCACGAGCUGGCACUAUGGCAGCGAGCCCUUCAUUGGCACUCGACACUGUAAUGGCCAGCUUCAUGGCGAUUUCCAGAGCUGGGAAUUUGGGGCCUGGUCAGACCAUUUGAAUUGGAAUCAUCAAGGGCCCCAUCGCGAGAGGAAGAUAAUGACAGACUUUGACCCAGAAUCACUGGACACUCAGGACCAACCUAUGUAUGUUAUUGGGCUGGAGCUCUCAGAUUUCCAUUGA